GUUGAGCUAAUUUUGUCUUUCACCCGUACACCCCUCUGAUCUCAAUCCCUAUCUUUCUCCCACUCCAAUCUCCCCUCCCUUUAAAUUAACCACAAUCUCUCCUCUUUAGUUUCAUUCAACGCACAAGCUCUCUCUCUCUCUCUCUCUCUCUCUCUCUCUCUCUCUCUCUCUCUCUCUCUCUCUCUCUCUCAAGUUUUGGGUGUGUUCAAUCUUGAAAUCUGCUGUGUUGCUUGUGCAGUCAUACAUAGAGAUAGUAGCAUUUAUAUCUAUAUAUACACGAUCAUGGUUGAUUGUGAGCUUGGGAUAAUGAAAGUUGACUUUUCAAAGCCAAAAAGAAAGCGUUUUGGAAGAAGCAAUUCACAAGGAGAAGGAGAAAUCCGGAUGCAUCAAGUUGUGGAUUUUAGUGGAUUGUCUCUCGACACUCUUCCUUUAACUACUAAUAUCAAUUUUGGGCUUGUCUAUAAAUUGGAUAUUUCCAACAACAACCUUCAGCUAAUUCCAGAGUCAUUAACAGCAAGGCUACUAAAUAUAGAGGUAUUAGAUGUACAUUCGAAUCAACUUAAAACACUCCCAAAUUCAAUUGGUUGUUUGUCAAAACUCAAGACCCUCAACAUAUCAGGAAACCAACUUCAGUCCCUCCCAAUCACCAUUGAGAAUUGCAGAGCAUUAGAAGAUAUAAACGCAAAUUUCAACCAAUUGACCAAAUUACCAGACACCAUUGGAUUUGAACUCGUCAACCUAAAGAAGCUAUCAAUUAACUCGAACAAGUUAACCUUCCUUCCAUCAUCAACCUCCCACUUAACCAAUCUCCGCCACCUUGAUGCCCGUCUGAACCACCUUCGCUCCCUCCCUGAUGACCUUGAAAACCUAAUCAACCUUGAGAUUCUGAAUAUCAGUCAAAACUUCCAAUACCUUGACGCUUUACCCUACUCCUUAGGUGUCCUCAUCUCCCUCGUAGAAUUGGACAUCAGUUACAACAAGAUUAGCAUCUUGCCAGACUCCAUGGGUUGCCUGAAAAGUCUCCGGAAGCUCAACGUUGAAGGAAACCCUUUGGUGUGUCCACCACCCGAGGUGGUGGAGCUAGGGUUAGAUAAGAUAAAACAGUACUUGAGCGAGAAGAUGAAUGGAGCCCAUCAGCACUCUUCAAAGAAAAGGUCUUGGUUCGUAAAACUAAAGAAAUAUGGCACCUUUAAUUCCUCUCGUAUGACGCAAGUAGAGAGAGAAGGGUAUAUGACGCCUGGUUAUCGUACGAUUGAUGGACUUCCUUCACUUAGGAGCAUGGACAUGGGCAUGUUCUCGCCUCUACGAAUUUUCUCGCCAAAAAAUUAUUUUACCAGAUAAUUAAGGUUAUGAGGCCAUCGGUUGUUUUAAUUUUAGUGCUCAAAUUAAUAUCAUCGGAGUAGUAACUUUAAUUAAGUCUUUUUAGUCAGGUGGUUAAACGAUCUUGCAUGCACAUAAAUAAGGUCUUAGAUUCAGUUUCCUGCACCGUUAUUUUAACUAUGGGGAUAUUGUGAGUUAGGUUUCACAUUAUUGUUGUGAUACUGGUUGGUAGAGUUUGUCAAGAGUGGUGUGGAGUUUUUUCUCAUUGAUUUAUCUUUGAAAGUUUUGUAAAUUGUAAUUUGAAAUCAUGUACAUUUAUUAGGUGUGGAGCUUUCUUUUCAGCGUUGUAUCUUUGAUUGUAGUAUAAUAAACAUUUCAGUAUUUCACUCUAACACAAUGAGGGGAAAUUUUAGAUGGCAAAAUCCGUCGCCUUUCCGUUGGAAAACUCUAUUAUCGAAAAUCGGUGGCCUUUCCGUUGGUAAAAUACCAUUAAAAUUCAUAUUAUUCUUAUAUAAAAUACAGGAAAAAAAAUUGAUACAAG